AUGGCCGAUCACCUGCCUGAGGCCGAAGGGUCACAUCUAUCGAGCGAAAAGCCACAACACUCAGCUGAGCUAGAGAGACACACUACGUCAGACUCCAUCGGGUCCUCAACUGGCUCGAGCAUCUCGUCUGUCUAUGACCCACAGGUGCAUAGGCUACAAUCGCGGAAUACAGAGAUCGAUUUGGAACGUCAUCGGACUGGGACCUCGAUAGCAUUGAGCAGGACUGAGACGCAACGCGCCCAACAUGCGCUCACCGUGGGUGAGAGUCUUCGGUCGCGACCGUCGCGCGCUCCAUUGCCAGCUUUCGGUGCGGGCAAGCCCUACCCUCCACCUCUCCCUUCACGGGAGGAUUACGUUGUGGAGUUCGAUGGGCCAGAUGACCCGUUAUACCCGCUGAACUGGCCUAUCAAGAAGAAAUGCUACAUCAGCGCCAUCCUCGCCUUCACCAGUAUUUGCUCCACCUUCGAUUCCGCCGUUUUUAGUUCUUCAUCUAGCCAUGUCUCGAGUCACUUCGGCGUCGGCCUUGAAGUCGCCAUCCUCUCCAGCUCUCUAUACAUCGUCGGCUACGCCUCAGGUCCCUUGAUCUGGGCUCCCCUAUCCGAACUCCAGGGCCGUCGUAUUCCCAUUAUUAUCGCCAUGUUCGGAUUUGGCGUCUUCAAUAUCGCAGUGGCAGUCUCAAAGGACCUGCAAACACUCCUAAUUUCCCGAUUCUUCUGUGGUAUCUUCGGCAGUUGUCCCUUGGCAGUUGUGGCUGCUGUGUUCUCUGAUAUCUGGGACAACCGCACCCGUGGUGUUGCCAUUGCCAUGUUCUCUUCGACGGUGUUCCUGGGCCCUCUCCUGGCACCUUUCAUCGGAGGAUUUAUCAACAUGUCCUAUCUCGGCUGGCGCUGGACCGCCUAUAUCCCCGCGAUUAUGGGCUUCGCCGCUUUCCUCAUGAACAUUUUCUUCCUGAAGGAGUCAUACCCACCUGUUGUCCUGGUGGCCAAGGCCUCAGAGCUACGUCGCCGGACCAAGAACUGGGGAAUCCAUGCGAAGCAAGAGGAAAUCGAGGUCGAUCUUCGAGAGCUAAUCGUAAACAACUUCUCUCGCCCGCUUCGACUGCUGUUUAACGAGCCGUUGAUCCUAGCUGUCACCAUCUACCUGAGCUUUAUCUACGGGUUGCUCUAUUGCUUCUUGACCGCAUACACUCUGGUAUUCCAGGGUGUUUACGGCAUGAACGCUGGUGUCGGAGGUCUCCCACUUUUCGGCAUGGUGGCGGGCCUGUUCAUCGCCGCAGCUUACAUCAUUAUCACUAGCAGGGCCUACAAUAAGAAACUCGACAUGAACGGUGGUAUCCCUAUCCCUGAGUGGCGUCUCCCUCCCGUGAUAGCCGGUGGUGCUCUCUUCGCUGCUGGGCUCUUCUGGUUUGGAUGGACUGGCUUCAAUGGUACCAUCCAUUGGAUCGUGCCCACCCUGAGUGGCCUAUUUACUGGAUUUGGCCUUCUCAUCAUCUUCAUCCAACUGUUCAAUUAUCUGAUUGACACAUAUCUUAUGUUCGCCGCAUCAGCUAUCGCAGCAAACACGUUUUGUCGCUCAAUGGUGGCAGCCAGCUUCCCGCUUUUCUCACGCCAGAUGUUCAAUGGCAUGGGUAUCCAGUGGGCUGCAACGCUUCUUGGAUGCGUUGCAGCCGUCCUUGUUCCGAUUCCCAUUGGAUUUUACUUCUUCGGCAGGAGACUGAGAAUGAAGAGCAAGUUCGCGCCAUUUUAUGAAGCUGUCCAGGAAGGGCACGCGGCUGAGGAGGUCGAAGAACAGGCGGAGGGUACCGUGCACCGGCAAUGA